CGAUAGCGAUGUCUCUUCCAUUCUCUCAUGUCUGGCUCAGCCAUAACCAAAGCCUGUCCGGGCUGCCAUCUGUUAGUCCUGCGUUCCUUCUAGCCACGGGGCUAGUCCUCUUGCCCUUCCUUUUGAAGAGGUGGAGGCAGCCCAGGCGACUUCCGCUACCUCCCGGGCCUCGUGGCAUUCCCAUCAUGGGCAAUUUCCUUCAAAUGCCCAGCAUAGAGCCAUGGAAAGUGUACUAUCAAUGGGCAAAGGAGCGCUAUGGUGACAUCAUUUACCUAAAUGCCGCGGGAGAAGAGAUCAUCCUCCUUAACUCCCUGUCCGCUGCUGUCGAUCUGCUGGAGAAAAAGGCUGGCAUCUUCUCGAGUCGGCAAUGGUUAAUUGCUUUCGACCUGAUCGGUCUCUCUGAAUGGGUUACCGCAAACCUUCCAUACGGGGCCAAGUGGCGAUCUCAUAGGCGAUCUUUCCACCAAUUCUUCAACGCGCGCGAGGUCCAAAGCUAUCGCCCAGUCAUCGAACAAGAAGGCAUCGCUCACGCACGGCGUCUCGCAACCAAUCCGAAGAACUUCCUCCUGGACUCAAGAUAUCUCUUCGGCAUUCUCCUCUUGAAGAUUUCGUAUGGCUCCAGCGACGACGAAUACAACAAACAGCUCCUCGCGAACUCCCAUGUCGUGGUCAAGAGUAUUUCCGAGUCUCUACUGCCCGGCGCGUACCUCGUCAACACUUUCCCGUGGCUUCGUCACUUCCCUUCAUGGUUCCCUGGCACCGGAUGGAAGCAGAAGUUUGCAAAAUUCUCUGCCGCAAGCAAGCUGGCUGUUGUUGAUUCACUAAACGACACCAAAGCUCGACUGAGGGCAGGCGUUCAAGAUGGAUUUCCGAGCAUUGCGGCCCGUCUCAUCGAAAACUUGCCCGACGAAAGCCACGAAACGUAUGAAGAGCAGCUUAAUGUUGCGAGAGCCAUUGCUGUCAAUGGAUUCGUUGCUGGAUCGGAUACUACUGUCAUCUCGAUGUAUGCACUGUAUCUAGCCCUCGCGAUGCGUCCCGAGGUUCAGAAACGCGCCCAAGAAGAGAUUGACUCGGUUGUUGGAAGCGACAGACUACCAACUUUCAAUGAUUUCCCGCGGUUACCCUAUGUCCAAGCGAUCAUGAAGGAGGUGUCUCGAUGGCAUACAGUCGUUCCACUAGGUCUGAACCAUGUCUCGACGGAGGAAUACGAAUACAACGGUUACCGAAUCCCCAAGGGCAGCUCCGUGCUGGUAAACGUUUGGGGCAUCAUGCACGACCCCGAAAUCUACGAGGAUCCCUUUGAGUUCAAACCGGAGCGUUUCUUGAAGGACGGCAAAAUCGAUCCGUCCGUGUUGGAUCCAGAGGCUGCCAUCUUUGGAUUUGGUCGUCGGAUUUGCCCUGGUCGCCACCUGAGCAACGAAGCCUUGAUGUAUAUGACCACGAUCAUCUUGGCCGUGUUCAAUAUUCGACCUCCCAAAGACGAACACGGCAAUCCAGUUAAGCUUGAGCUCAAGACCACAUCUCAUAUGGUUUCUACACCUCUGGACUACGAGUGUGAAAUUGUCCCUCGGUCUGAACAACAUCUCGCCCUUCUGUCAUUGGAUUGA